UCUGUUUUCCAUGUGAACGCGAACAGCAGCUGAGAAAGAAGGAAAAACCGCUGCCGUUUCUUUAACGAAGUGCAGUAAAAAGACGUUUUGAAUUUAUAAAACAGUAUUUUAUGUACAAAUUUGGAAACAAUUUGUGUUACGUUUUAUUGUAAAGUGCUGGAUUGAAACUUACUAAUGCUCGAGAUAAAGUCGCAAUGAAACGAGCCCUACCUUCUUUUUUGCAUGCUAGAGAAAACAGCGUAGACCGGAGGAUGCGUCCUCGCCCGAAUACUCGGGUCAACUUGGAAAGUCUAAUGUCCAACGACAGCCAGAGUUCGUCCUCGCGGUCCUCUUCUCCAUCCCACAGAAGCAGCUCGCCAAUACCGCCGGAAAGUGGCCAUCAAGAGCUGGCGAAAGACAAUGAAACCGUCAAGGUGUGUCUUCGCUUACGACCCCACUUGCGGAAUAAUCCGUACAAGGCAGCAUUCAGGAUCCAUGAAAAUUCGCUCUUGGCCAGAAAUGUCGAUGAUAAUUCUACGGAACGGCAGUACACUUUCAGCGAAAUAUUCGACGAUACAGUGUCACAGGCUGAGGUAUACGAUAGAUGCAUCAAACCCGCUAUGAGGAACAUUUCCGGAGAACGAGGCGCCACAUUUCUAACUUAUGGCACAUCUGGUUCAGGAAAAACUUACACUCUGCUCGGGAACCAUGCCAACCCUGGUAUUGUGCCAAGAGCUAUUGAGCAAGUCUUCAUGGAGAAUGCAAAUUGCAUCUCACCACAUCCCGGUCUAAAAGUUGACAAAACAUCAGUCAGCUUCCUCGAUGAUGACUCAGUUUGCAGAGAACUAAAAAAGGUCGAAUCCAUGAAGAAAAUGUUACAGUACCAUGAUGCUGGCCACUCCAGAAUGAAGUCUAUAAUUCGGAAAGAGCAUGAUUUUCAAACUUCUAAAGAUCCAGAUCUUCGAGUGUUUAUCUGGGUAUCUUUUGUAGAAAUCUAUAAUGAAAAUGUGUUUGAUCUGCUCGGGCAGGAUUCAAUUUUCGGUAAAAGAAAGCCGAUGAAAAUUCUAUCCAACGAAGGAAACGCUUACAUAAAGGAUCUUUCGUGUGUUUUCGCCGGAAGCAGUGAGGAUGCCUACAACAUACUUCAGUUCGGUCUUCAAAGUGCAACGUACGGAUCAACAGACGUCAAUAGCAAUUCCAGUCGAUCUCACAGUAUUUUCUUCAUGACUGUGGUAUCGUAUUCCCUAGCGACACAACUCAUCAACUAUUCCGUCUACAAGUUCUGUGAUCUAGCUGGAUCAGAACGUCUCAAAAAGACCGGCAAUUUUGGCGACCGCCUCAAAGAAGCACAGAAGAUCAACACCUCACUGAUGGUGCUUGGUAGAUGCUUGGAAACCGUCCACAAGAACCAGAAAUCCAAGAAACUCGCCGAGAUAGUUCCAGUACGCGAUUCAAAACUUACCAUGCUGAUACAGUCAGCCUUGCUUGGCAAGGAAAAGCUUUCCAUGAUCGUUAAUCUUUAUCCCACCGAAGAAUACUACGAUGAAAAUCUAAACGUCCUAAACUUCUCAUCCAUCGCCAAACAAAUUGUCCUGCAGAGAAAACCGACCCAACGACGAGACCGAACUACGCGCUACUCGUUCUUCUUGGCACAGGCCACAAGCAGUCCGUCGGCUAAGAUCGAUUGGAAUCAACUUAUGGUGGAGAAUGAAAGUUUAAAGCAGGAAUUGGCUUACGAAUCGAACGUCUAUCGAGAGCAGCUGGCGGACAAAGCACUGGAAAUCCAGCAACUGAAGCGGGAAAUCUUCGACCAGGAAUUACAGCUACGCAACGAACUAACGGACGAUUUCGAAUCGUACUGCGCUCAACGGGAAGCAACAUUCCAAACUCGGCUCAAGCAGGCCCGGGAGGCCGCUGUUUUGCCCUAUAAACUACAGAUUACGAAUUUAAAUGCCAAAAUAGAACACCUCAAAAACGUUAUCACUGAUAUGGAGUACGAAGAGGACGAGUAUGAGAAAAAACUUAAAGCCUACCAGGAAGAGCUCCAGAAGUAUCGCGAAAAAGAGAAGCGAACGAGAAGAUUGUCAUUGUAAAUAGUUGAUAAUUUUAUGUCACUUUAAAUGUUAUUUUUAUUUCAAACAAUGAUCAGUUGUAUACUUA